AUGACCCUGCAGGACAUUUGCGCUGUAAACCGUGCUUCGUUUUACCCUCUGGGUGAACGCCGUUCGACCGGGUGGGUGGGGAAGGUGGAGAAUCGUGGGAAAAGACAGCCACGAAGAACCGCAAGUCGUCUCUGUCCGUCGACCCGCAGGGAAGCUCUCGAGGUGGCCAAUAAAUUCGCCGACCAGAUCGGCUUUACGGGCGGUGUCUUUCAACUGCGUGCCGAAUGCAUGCCUGCGCUUCUUGGCUUAUUUUUGGGUGAUGUGGACUAA